CUCCUGGCUCCCGUCUGGCUGCGUGGCCAUGUAUGGGUCUGGCAAGGGAGCGCCUGGCUGGCAUGGGAUCAGGCGUGUGCAGGACGGAGUCCAUAGGUGCAGGGUGUGGCAUGCUCCCGCCCCCUCAUCAGGAAGUGGGUGGGGACAGCUGGUCAGGGACAGCCCUGCCUGCCCCUCCCAGUGCAGGUGCCCACAGCUGGCCCACAUCCCUCCUGCUGCUGCACUGCCAUGGCGUCCCAGGGCCAGCCCCACUCGGGCCCCAAGUAUAUGGGCCUCUGGGACUUCGAGGCCCGGACGGAUGAGGAGCUGAGCUUCCGGGCAGGGGACCUCUUCCACGUGGCCAGGAAGGAGGACCAGUGGUGGUGGGCCACUCUGCUGGAUGACUUGGGCCAGGCCCUGGAAGAGGGCUACGUGCCCCACAACUACCUGGUUGAGAAGGAGACUAUGGAGUCUGAGCCGUGGUUCUUUGGCCACAUCUCCCGCUCCGAAGCAACACACCGGCUGCAGGCAGAGGGCAGCUCACUGGGCACCUUCCUGAUCAGGGUCAGCGAGCAGUCAGGCGCUGACUAUGUUCUCUCCGUGCGGGAUGCUCAGGCUGUGCGGCACUACAGGAUCUGGCAGCACAAGGGCGGCCGGCUGCACCUGAACGAGGCAGUGUCCUUCUCCAGCCUGCUGGAGCUCGUGGACUACCACAAGGCCCAGAGCCUGCGCCCUGGCCUGCGGCUGACUGUGCCCUGCUGGAAGCACCAGGCUGAGCCCCUGCCCCACUGGGCCGACUGGGAGAGACCACGGGAGGAGUUCACGCUCUGCAGGAAGCUGGGAGCCGGCUACUUCGGGGAGGUCUUUGAAGGGCUCUGGAAAGGCCAGGUCCGUGUGGCCAUCAAGGUGAUUUCCCGAGACAAUCUCCUGCACCAGCACACCUUCCAGUCGGAGAUCCAGGCCAUGAAGAAGCUGAGGCACAAGCACAUCCUCGCGCUGUAUGCGGUGGCCUCCUCAGGAGACCCUGUCUACAUCAUCACGGAGCUCAUGCCCAAGGGGAACCUGCUGCAGCUUCUGCGGGACUCUGAGAAGCAAGCCCUGCCUGUUUCCGAACUGGUGGACGUCGCAUCACAGGUGGGCAAGGGCAUGUGCUACCUGGAAUCACAGAAUUACAUCCAUCGGGACCUGGCUGCCAGAAACAUCCUUGUGGGGGAGAACAACAUCUGCAAAGUGGGAGACUUUGGGCUGGCCAGGCUAAUCAAGGAGGACAUCUACCUUUCCCACGACCACAAGAUCCCUUACAAGUGGACGGCCCCGGAAGCGCUCUCCCGAGGGCAUUACUCCAUCAAAUCUGACGUCUGGUCCUUUGGGAUCCUCCUCCAUGAGAUUUUCAGCAGGGGCCAGACACCCUAUCCAGGCAUGUCCAACCGAGAGGCCUUCCUGAGGGUGGACGCCGGCUACCGAAUGCCCUGCCCCCUGGAGUGCCCACCCAAUGUGCACCAGCUGAUGCGCUCUUGCUGGAGCAGGGACCCCGAGCAGAGACCUUGCUUCAAAGCCCUGUGCGAGAAACUCUCCGGCUUGGCUAGGUACGAAGACCUGCUCUGAACUGCCUCGAGGCUGUGUCCAAGGCCCGAAGAGAGGCGGCCUGGGCUGAGAUCAAGGGUGUGCACUGUUCACUGGCUACUGAGAUGAUGGGGGAAGGAGGCACGUGGCACACCAUGAGCGAAGGCAGCAGCAGCAGGACACCAGCCUCUCACCCACUCCCUCAGAAGCAGGCCCAGCAUGGCCCCUCGCCGGCUCUCUCCUCUCUCAUCUCAGAUGUCAGGUGGGGGAGGACUGUCUCACAGGGACCUCAAAACAACCUGGGCUGCAGGACUUGCCGAGUUCUUGCCAGCUUGCUGCCUUCAGAGCCCACUUUCUGUCCUCCGUGCUCAGCAAGGGUGGACUGGGCCUUUGGGUCUUCGAUCUGAAGGCUCCAGUCACAUCAGUCUCACAACUGAAUAAAUCUGACUGCUUUUCUUUUGUUAACCUGUGCCCUGUUGAAAGGGUCUGAGCUGUGAAGCUUGAAACAGCAAGGAAAAGACAUUGAUUUCUCUCCCUACGUUUUCUGGGGCCCAAAGAGGGGUGGUUGAGACGCCCACUUGCCCUGGAGCCUGCAGAGAUCAUCGAGGACAGCUGAGGUUGGCCAGGGAAAAGCAGAUUCUUUCCCUGACCUCUGCCUGUAGUCCUGAGUUGGCAGUGGGAGAUACAGAUUUGUCUUCUCUUUGCCAAGUUCAGCUCAGCAGGAGAUCCUAUGUGUUUGGUUUUGGUGCCCACUGGCCCACUCUCCAGUGACGGCUGCUUGUCUCAGGAGCCUGCACUUGAACAGCCCGAGGCAGGGGAGCCUACCGCUGGGGGCCCUCUGCCCUUGCUACCUGUGGCCACAAAGGUCUCUUCCUCCCUUUGCUGUCUUGGGACAUGGUUCUGAACCUCCCAGUGAAGCACUAUCCUGCGCUUUUGGGGAAUCUCCUGGCUGCGAUGAAGUCAUAAAGGACUAAGCAGCUGAUCCUGCUGGUGAAAGGUCUCUGGUUUAAAGGAAAAAGGAAAGGAGUCCGGUGCUGCCAGGCAUAUUUACCUGGUAGCCCAUGCUUGGGCAGCGGUGUGAUUUCUACGGCCUCUCUUCUCCCCACCGGGCCGGUUCACCACCUCUAGCCCUGCCACAGCCCUCUGCCCCGUCCUCCUGUCUUCCCAGGCUCCCUCCUCCUUGUGCCUCUUUGUGCUUCCCUCCUGUCCCCUCAAGUGCUGCUGUGUCCCCUGGGAACCCUGCCAGGCCUUCCCGUCCCUCACACUGGCUCCUUGUAUGUGUGGACAUUAGGGGUCCCCCAAAAGCUCCCUAAGGCUGACAAGGGAAGAGGUGGGUAGAGUUGGGCACGAUAACCUCUCUAGAUGCCUUCCAGCCAUUGCCAUGGCCGAUGGCCUCCCUAGGACUGACCCCCAAUAAUGGGGAACUACACCCCCGACUCCCCCUCUUGAGAAAAGCAUCCUCUUGGUGUGCCUUUGAGCUCACCAAGUUUGUUUUGGUUUUUGUUUUGGUACCGGGGAUCGAACUCAGGUUCUUGCGCUUGUGGGGCAGGCGGUGGAACCACUGAGCUAAAUCCCCAGCCCUGUACUCUUCUUUUAAAUGCAGCUGAAAAAUGACAAGAGAACAUCGUGAACUUUGCACUGUUAGAAUGAUCACCCAUUAAAUGAUCAGUGGUCAAUACAUUUGCAUAAUAAGGAAAUUAUGUAUAGAACACUGCAAAAACCCAGUAAAAAGAUGGAAGUGUGUCCAU